GUGCGGAACAGAUAAGUCUUCCUUCUGUUUGUUCCACCUCCACCCAUUGAAGAAGCCACCAUGAUCUCUCUCCCUGUCAACCACACCAGUGGCUUCUUUCCCCUGAUCAAACCCUCAAGACACCUCCUUCAUCCCAUCUCUGCCACUCUCAUCCCCUCCUCACCUUCUUCAAACAAGCAGCAGCAGGUAUACCAGCCUUUCAGGCCUCCUCCGUCUCCCGUCCCCUCCAAAUUCCGUUCCCUCGACACCUCCGAACGCCUCGACGUCCUGGCCAACCGCCUGGGCCUCUGGCACGAGUGGGCCCCACUCAUUCCCUCCCUAGUCCGGGAAGGGUUUACCCCUCCUUCCAUUGAAGAAGCUACUGGCAUUUCUGGUGUUGAGCAGAACCGCCUCGUGGUCGCCGCCCAAGUCCGAGACUCCCUCUUCCAAUCAAAGACCGACCCAGAUAUUGUCUCGGCUUUCGACACCGGUGGUGCCGAGCUGCUCUACGAAAUUAGGCUCCUCAGCAUCACGCAGAGGGCGGAGGCGGCUCGGUUUGUUGUGGAGAAUCGGCUUGAUGCCGAGGGCGCUAGAGAUCUUGCUCGUGCCAUGAAGGAUUUUCCUCGCAGGAGGGGAGAUAAAUCGUGGGAAUAUUUCAAUUACGCCCUUCCAGGUGACUGCUUAUCGUUUAUGUACUAUAGACAGAGUAGAGAGCAUAAAGACCCAUCAGAACAGAGAACAGUUACAUUACAGGAGGCUCUACAGGUUGCUCAAUCUGAGAAAGCGAAGAGUGUAUUAGUUCAGGAAUUGGAAGGAAAGGGUGAAGGGAGAGGAAAGGAAACUGAGGAUGUUGUUAAGGUUCCAAUUGUGAGGAUGAAACUUGGUGAGGUUGCAGAAGCGAGUGUGGUGGUGGUUUUGCCUGUCUGUAGAGCAGAGGAGAGGGAGAAAGGGUUUUUGGAAGCGCCUCUGGAGUGUAGGACUGAGGGGGAGUUUGGCGUGGUUGUGGCAGAAAAAGGAUGGGAGAGAUGGGUGGUUUUCCCAGGUUGGGAGCCGGUAGUCAGCUUGGGAAGACGAGGAGUGGUGGUGGCAUUUGGGGAUGCCAGGGUGUUGCCUUGGAAGGCAAAUAGGUGGUAUAAGGAGGAGGCUAUUUUGGUGGUGGCUGAUAGGGGUAGGAAGGAGGUGGAGCACGAUGAUGGCUUUUAUUUGGUGACUGCUGACGGUGGCGGCUUGAAGGUGGAGAGAGGAUCAGCUUUGAAGGGAAGGGGUGUCCAUGAAAGUUUAGCAGCUGUUGUGUUGGUAGUUAGGCCACCAAGGGAAGAGACUGAUGAUCAAUUGGCCGAUGAAGAUUGGGAGUGAAAGCAUAGAGGACUAAUCUAGUCAUGGGUUGUUCAAUUUCAGUAGAAAUGGAGCUAAAUACAGGUCAUUUGCAGUUCUAAUAAUGGAAUAAACAUGCAAGAACUGAGCUUUCAUUUGUUUACGGAGUAAACCGGUGUGAUCUUAUUGUAGAACUCUGGUUUAUUUAUAUGGAGGAAACUGACAUUUUGUUCUAUUUGCAGCUUGUUAUAAGCAGAGAGCUAUUUUGAAGAUAGAUUACAUUGUUUUCCUAUAUUAUGCACAUAUUAGAUAUGAGAUGCAUUGCUGCCUAGAGGCACUUACUUGAACCAUUGCUUCCACUUAAUGAUUGCUAGUGAGGACUACUGGACUAGUCUAGUCAUGGGUGGUGUAAUUUCAUUAGAAAUGGAGAUAAAUACAGGUGGUCAUUUACAGUUCUAAUAAUGGGAUAAGCAUGCAAGAACUGAGCUUUCAUUUGGAUACGGAGUAAACCGGUGUGAUCUUGUUGUAGAACUCUGGUUUAUUUAUAUGGAGGAAACUGACAUUUUGUUCUA